GAAAGGGAAAAAAACUCUUCCCAGUGCAAGCUCUUCUCGCCGUUUCUCAGUUCGUUCAGGCUCCAGGUACAGAGAGUGCCUGGCUGCAACGGCACGGUGUGAACGUGCGGCUCUGGCAUUUCAAGCGCCCUCUGCAAAGGGAGAGCGUGCAUCUGUCUACUACCCAGCGCUCCUUCCCUGUUUGCUCUUCCAGGUUGUCCUCUGGGUUGCCCAUCCAUGAGCUCAGAUUUCCAGCACUACAGUUUCAGGAUGCCGAACAUCGGGUUCCAGAACCUGCCUCUCAAUAUAUACAUCGUGGUUUUCGGCACCGCCAUCUUCGUCUUCAUCCUCAGCUUACUCUUCUGUUGCUACUUGAUCAGGCUCAGACAUCAGGCACACAAAGAGCUUUAUGCCUACAAACAGGUUAUUCUAAAGGAAAAAGUAAAAGAGCUUAACCUGCACGAGAUUUGCGCCGUUUGCCUGGAGGAAUUCAAGCCCAAAGACGAGCUGGGAAUCUGUCCGUGUAAACAUGCCUUCCACAGAAAGUGCCUCAUCAAGUGGUUGGAGGUGCGAAAAGUGUGCCCGCUUUGCAACAUGCCCGUGCUCCAGCUGGCGCAGCUCCACAGUAAGCAGGACCACGGGCCGCCCCAGGGCCCCCUGCCCGGGGCAGAGAACAUUGUAUAGCUUUCCCCAAGAAACAGACUUGCCCAUCACGACCGAUACUGCCAGGGUAACAACAACGGACCUAUGCAGAGAAUCGCGGAUCUCGGGAUCCGUAGCUUACCGCCUCGGUGCCUCUGCUAGGAUUCCCUUCGUCUCAUGAGGGCCUCCCGACACGCACUUCGGGGGGUGGGGCCAGAUGCUGGGACUCGAACAACCAAAGCACUACACCACCGGCGCAAAAAGACGCCAGAAGGCAGCGGCAGGCCGGUGUGGGUGGGUUUCUGAGAGCACUUUAUGACCAUCCCCGUCGCCUGGAUGACCCGCCUAGGCCGGGUCCCUGUUUCCAGCGAGCUGAAUCCACAGCGGACGGAGCAGAAGGGAUCGCGUUACAAAUGCAACGGGAGAACUCAAGGGGCAGAGUCCCUGGCGGCACGGGUCCGGGAGCCUCGAAUGGCAGAUUCAAUACAGACCACGCACGCCUUCUCGUCUCGCAUGGGGAAAAGUAAAUGCACACGCUUCACGAGCCCCUUGGAAACGCACCUCUCCGCAGCCAAACCCAACCGGCGGUUUCCUCGUGCUGAACUGCCAGCGGCUGGCCAAGCGAGCAAUGCCAAGGCAAAGGUUUUACAUCGUUCCUGUAAUGAGAUUUUCCCUGAGUCAUGGACUUAAGCAGGACCUCUGACAUUGUCCUAUAAGCCUGGGGCGGGGGAAACGGUGCCAUCUGCCAGGAGCCUCGGAGGGGGUUUAACUGCACCACCCCGGGCUAACGAAGUCUGAGAGGAGGCUUUGCAAGCUUUGGGUUGGAUAUGUCGCAUCAAAGAACUGAGUGCGAGGUGCAGGCAUGGCUGGGUUUGAGGUGUUGGCCAGCUAAAGAUCUGGAGCCUUGGGUAUUGGAGAUCAACGCGUACGUGCCCGUGGAUUGGAUCUGCUCUUGAACUGCCCCUGGGGGUGGGGAGUCCCUCAUCCCUCCUCCCAAGCGGUGGCAUGGUGGGUAGUAGGGGUUGUGUUCCAUUGUGCAAAUUGCUAGGAAGCCAGCUUGGGGUACAAGCACUUACUGCUCCCUACAUAGCACCUGCAUGCAUGUCCUUGUCCCCUGCAGUACAAAGCCCAAACAUGCCUGAGUCCCUGCACUUGUAUGAACGCUCCUGCCCUUUGCGUCCGAGCGGGCUGAGCUGGUUGCCGUUACAGCGUUGCCUUCUCUGGUCUCUGUGCUCAGCCGGCUAAACCUGAGCAGCUGAGACUGGGGGGUGAGCAUGCCCAGCUCCGGUCAGUUCGGCAGAGCUCCUGCCUCCUGCCCUCGGGCUGAUUCUGCCCUUCGCUGUCCCGUGUCCGCCGAAGCGCGGAGCAGUGCCGUCAUGCCGGGGUGCAGCGCGCUGGGUGUUUAGCUGGAGCGUGUUUGAGCAGGGUGGGGUUACGGUUCCCAGACCCAUUUUCAGCACGGCUCAGUCUGUAGGCUAGCGCGAUUCCUCGCUGCGCCUGUCGGGAGCAGCCAAGACGCAGACGGACCAGAGGGACAGUUCUUCUUAUAGGGAUGUAGCCAGCCACUACGUUACACGUGCAUUUGACUUGUCCCCUUGUCUGUAUUGGGACAGCUCUUUCUCCUCCUUUCUCACCCUUAUGCGCUGGCAUCCUGCUGUCCCGUGGCUGUAUCAGGGUGUCACCGCUGUUCCCAUUCAGGACCAGCGUUCUGGCCCUGUAACAGUGCUUUUAGGCUCCAUGACUCCCCCCCCCACCCCAAUCUGUUGCUUUUUGCGACCGCACUGAACUACCCAGAGCCUUUCAGGUGUGUGCACAUUGCCUCGGCCUUUCUAAUCUGGUACCGUGGUGAUGUGUCAGAGCAGAAGAGGCAUCGCGACGCUUGUCCUGGGGCUCCUGCUGAGGCUAUGUCCUCGAGAGCAGCAGGGCAGGCCGGGGCUACGGCUUCCUUUCCGCCGUUGGCAGCUUUGCAGUACAACUGUGCCGGGAAAGAGCUUGCCUGGAGUCUGAGCCAGGCACGGUCGGCGAAGACCCCGGCCCACACCCCAUUGCACUCACUGAUCUGCCUCAAGCUCUUAUCUUCCCAUCUAGCAUGCACGGUCCCAACGUGCCUAUGAAAUAAGGGACGUCUGUAGAGACCUGAAUAGCAAACCUCCGGGAUGCUGUACCCAGUCCUACUGCCAGCGGGAAGUUUUCACCAUCGAUUUUUAUUUUUGUUUCAGUGGGAUCCGGUUCAGACCAUCUUUGCCGGGCAGUGCAGACAGGCCCGAUGAUCCCUCCAGUCUGCUUUUGAUUUGUUUUCCCGCUGCUGCUUUCCUUUCUAUUGAGUCCUUCACAAAAAUCCACCUCCCCCGGCGCGAGACAAUUGGGUAUCUGCAAAACGUGACUCCCAGCAAACCCGCAGUGUGAUAGGGAGGUUUGUGUUUGAACAAUUAAUCACGUAAAUAUUGACCCAGGCUGAGUCAGCCAGCCUCCCUGGACACCUGACCGAGGCUGGGUUUCGGUUUGAUUUCCAGUACAGCUGCCUUUUGUGUUCCUGUUUCGUUCACGAAGAAAGCAUGUGAUCCCCUUACUGUUGCAUGUUAGGGACGGCACCAAAGGGGCAGCGAUGUUCCCCUGACGACUGGAAAAAGCCUCCAAACUCCUCUGAACGUUUCAGGCCGUUAGCACCGCAGGCUCUUCCUCGUCAUAGUGGAAGUGGCUUGUAGACCGGGCCCUGAUGGCACCUAGGGGGAGUGUGACCAAGGGCUGCUCAAGAGUUGAUGCAUCUCCAUGUCUGUGCUGAAUUGGGAAGCGACCAUGAAUUGUGUAGAGCUUCCUGGUCCAUCAAAGGUCCAUCCCGGCGCCCCGAGGAGAGGACUUGCAGCUGAAGGUGUGUGCCAGCAGUUUGCUGGGUCAGCGCUCAGCGUCCCUUUAGUGGCUUCGUUGGUCGGUAAUAGCGGGGAUUCAGCUCCACGUCGGGAUGGGAAUCUGCUUUGGCUCUGCAGUGUGAAAGUCAAGGCCACCUGUUGCCUCUUUGGAGUGGCCUCUGACGUGGUUACUCCUCUCCCUUUGCAUCAAAUCUCCGUGUCCCCAGCCUCUCUGUCUGAGCAAGAAGACUAGAUUGAACGGUCCCGGUAGGCACCUGUGCUCUCACCCCCUUCCUAAAACAAAAGCCCCAGUCAUACGAUGGCAUGCCGGUUUUCAGGAGCACCGUCUGCUCUGAGCACGUGGCAUUUCAUCUCCAGGGUGAAACAUUAAUUUUUUCCCUAAAUCCCCUGGAAUGAAAAUUUAGGAAUAAGCUCUUCCAGUUCUGCGUGCGACAUCAAGUUACAAGUAAACGUCAGGCAAUCCGAUAUGGCAGCCAAAUCCUGCGGUAUGUCUAAAGCCCAUACUUUCAUACCCUCCCGCAGGGUUGGACGGAGCUGGUGUCACUUGAAAUGUCCCUUGGAUCAAGCAGUGGGAUUUGUGGCACGUGCGUGCGCUGUUCGUUGGUUUAACGAGCACGUAUGCUCCGACUGCUGCUUUAUCCACUUGACUUCACCAAAAUAUUCACCUCCCACUCCUGUCUCCACCAUCUGCUUUCUCGGAGGAGCGAGGGGUCUUUUUGCUUUCUUUCGAAGGGCUGUUGCAGAAACAGAGACGUCAUCCUUCCCCUUUGUAAUCCGUGGAUAGCCAUCGAGACUUCACUCAGGUUGGACUUGCUGAGUUUUAUUAAGGUAGUUUGACAGUCCCGCUCUGCAGCCUCUCUAACUGGCACAACGCACCGUGUCGUUCUGGUAUCCGCAGAGCAAUCGACUACCUCGAGCGGACCGUUUCAUCUCUUCAGCAGCGGUGGUGCCGAGCGUGCGGCUGUUUUACACCUCCCUCCGGGAACGUGCGGGCACGCUGCAUCCUCUCCAGUUGGCAAAACCGAUUAUUUUUCGGAGCAUUCAGCAGUAUCCGUGCCUGGCUUUGGUCCAGUCCACGUGAACGGGUGGCCUGAGUGUGUCAAUGAUUGGAUCCAGCAGGAGUGGAUCUCAGUACAUUUGAGACAUCAUCUUGAGAUGCUGAACCGGGAACGUGGCUGGGAUCAAGCUAAAAUUUCCAGGAAACUCGUUGCUUUCGGUGAAUAUUUGUCCUUGGGUCCUUUUUAAAAGUGCUUCCUUGAAGAACCAGGUUCCCCUUCCACUUAAUGGACUCGGUGGAUGACUCUGAUCUCUCAGGGUCAGACCCUUAAACUACGAACAGGUGCUUCAUUUGUCCUGGAAGAAAUCAUUUUAUCCCAGGACAAAGCGCAGUCUGUGUUCAUUGUCCCAGGACAAACCCUGAAAGGGUUGGCAGGAUAAGGAAUGCUAAUAGUUUGUCCCAAGGUAUCACAAAAUGCAGCCAGACGGUUAUCCCAGGAUUGCAUCGUUAAACCAGGACAGAAAAUCAGCAGUGCAUUCAGCUGCCUACGAAACCUUGAUCGGAAGGGCAAUGCGUGCACACUCCAAUCCCAGGACGUUCCUGUUCCAGGACAAAUGCAGGCACAAGUUAUCCCAGGACAAAUGCAACAUCUGUUCCUACGCCCAUCCACCCAGGGGAUGAAAGCAAAAUCCCUUCUCACACAUCCAACCUUGAUUUAGGUUUCUCACUUAGAUCUUAAGUAAGACGAGAGAAAGCCGUCUCUGCUCAUGGGUAUUCCUUACUAACUUGAUAUCCUCUCCCAAGUGCGUGGUCGGUGCAAAUUUCUGUUCCCACUAGUAGCAUGGACAGGUGCUGUCAGAGCAGCCGCACUGUGCAUGUCACAAAGGGAUGGCGACACUGUGUGCUAUAGAAGCCAAACCUCCCGGUAGCAAAGACCAUGCCGGUGCCAUUAUAUUUGAAGUGAUACGCUCUCUUAUGUGCCUAUGUCUUGUGUGUCCUUCAGUUGUAACUAUUGCCUUGCUCUGUUGGAGAAAGUGAAGCAACUUUCAGCCAACCUGUAAAAUAGGAAACACUCUCUCGAGAGGCCUGUGCAUUAAGUGGCUGCCCUCAAUCACGCUGCAUGGACCCACUGGCCCAACGCGUUCGUGGUGGUGGUGGAUUGUGAAGCUUGGUUAGAGUCCCUUCCCCUCAGCCAGGGCAGAGCUGCAGCACCGGGCUCUGCAUCCCUUUCCUGGCUGGAUACGUCUCCACAAACCUCCUUACGGGGUUAGCGCUGGCUCCUGUCACCUCCUCUGGCUUCUGGGUGAGCUCAGCAUCCUGCUGCCUGCCCUGCUGAUGGACGACCCAUCUGGUCUCUCUCUCCGCAGUGGACAUUGGGAUUCGCUCCAUGAAAGCCAAUGGGUUUGCACCCUUUUGACAUCAGACUCCAGCUCAGCAUGUCUGGGAAUCACUCGUAAAAUAUAAAAGACAGAGAGAGAUGACUUGGGUACAAAUGAAAGGGACAGGCUAUUUCCUGAAUUUUGCUCUAUUUUUGCCAGUAUUUACAAGUCUCGUUGCCUAUUUCCAAGGGUGUUAGAAAAGGGCCACAGAGUAUUCUUACAUUGUUCAGGCUUUUCUAACGGCAGAGUAGACUGUUCUUCCCAAUCCUUUUAGAAGCGGGGGGUAAAAUUUCUGAUAACAAAUUGGUCUGUGUAAUUCGAUAGCAACAAUUGUGACCGGUCCGUAGGCUAGAGGUAGUUCAUGUGCUUAGGGCCUCAAGGCUUUGGGGGGGGGGGGGGGGGGUGUAUAUAUAUAUAUAUAUAUAUAUAUUUCCCCCCCUCCUUCCAUGUAAAUAUAGUGUGAAUCCUAAGAAGGUUUAUGGAGCUUGGACGCCUCAUAGACAUGUUUGUACACUAAGAAUUCUGCAGCAGAAUAUUUUUUAAAACAUUCGCUGUUUUUUUUGUAAGCUAUAUUUUUGUAUAUUUAAUUGCUAUUUUAAAAUUCUAAUGCAUCUUUUUUGCUAAUCACACUAUUCUUAAGGGGAAAAAAAACCGUUUGCAUGUGAUUGGACUUGAACUGUAAAUAAAUGCAGAUUUUGGAAA